GUGCAGAAAUACGCUUGCCCACGCAUCCGUUGCCCUGGGCCCGGCACUGACUGGGACCUGGGCGUUUAGUUUAGCCUUGCUUCACUUCGAUGCCAGCAUCUACCUAGACUGGGCCCUAUUUCUCUCUGCUAGAUCCAGUUCGCCGUCUACCUAUACCCGGCAAAGUAAGGGGAUGGGGACGCACGUAUCAGGACGACGGAGACUGGCCCUUGCAGCCACGACACAAGCCAACAACGGCGGAACGGGUUCUGACAAACCACCGGGACUCUGAGCUCUCUCUCCACCGAUAUGGCUAGCCUUGCCCCUGCUAGAGCCCGGCUUCCUGGUCUUUUGUCUUGGACCUCGCGUGGCCUGGCGUCCCUUAGCACUUCCAUCUGCAUGGCAGGAGUCUCAGUCUCCAUGGCCAUCUCCAUCUCCAUCUCCAUGCUCUCUGCCCGUGCGGCGCGCGGGCGGGGCCCUUGUUCCAGGUGUGAGCUUUCGGCAUGCUACGUCGAUGAUGGCACGUCCAAACGGGGUCACGACCCAAGCACCUACCUGGACAGGCCUGGCCCUAUCUCCCGCCUCCAACCUCAAUCAUCCCUAGUCUACCUGGGGCGACGCAAAGCAUGGCCCCAGUUCGGGGCAGGGAACCAUCCGGCCACGGAGCCUUGCUCAUCCCCUCCCUUUCGCUCGCCACUCGACCGAACGCGAGGACCUCGAAGUAAAUGCCCAUGUCGACCCUUUCAAAUCCGAGCAUUGUCAAUAGGUGCGGUCGGCGGAUGAAGAGGCCGGCGCCAGGGCUCCCGUUCCCCGGAUUGGUGCUUUGGGGGCGUGUGUACCUUAGUGUAGCCGUUGGGGGCGGAGGUUUGGGUUUGGGGGCAUCCUAUGAUCCUCGUGGCCUUCUCCUCUUCAUAAGUGCAUCCUGGGGUGCGCUCCAAUCGCCAGGCCGGCCGAGGCGCCAACUCGGUGUAG